AUGAAAGCCACUCCUGUGGCUAAGUAUCUCUUUGCUGACAAAGUUAUCACAGACGAAAUGCAACAAGAGAUACAGUUUGAAAAGACCGGUUACAGUCGUAACAGAAAACUGCUAAGAAUUAUUUUGGGAAGAGGGCCAAGAGGUUUCCAUGGGCUCAAAAGAGCACUUUUGAAAGCUCAACAAAACGACCUAUCAAAGCUUUUAAACAAGGAAGACAGUGAGCCCUCCGAGUAUGAGAAAAAGUUGAUCAUGGCACGAUCUUUUCUUCACAAUACGGUCGAGAAAAAACAGAUAGAUGUUGAAUCAAAUAAAUCUUUUGUUCAACGUCAACAGUCUCAUGAACCGCGAUGUAGAAUCAAUUUGGACAAUUUCACUAAUCUCUUUCUCACUGCUUCACCUUACAAAGAGGAAAUCAUGAUACACAUCCGCCACUUCACUGACUCCCAUGGUCGCAUCUUCCCAACGAAGAAAGGGGUCACUUUCCCCUUACCCCGCUGGCUAAAGUUUGAAUGCCUUCUGGAUGAAAUAGAAGACUAUCUAGAAAACCAUCGGAAUCAACAACAACAGAUGAAAUGGCACAUUGGUGGUGGCGUCUACGUUUCCCUAACCCCUGAAUUUCCUACAUUGGACAUAAGACACUUCUGGAAACCAGAUGAUUCAAAGGAACCAAUCCCAACCAAGAAAGGGGUCACCUUAACCAGAAGUAAAUUUGAUAGACUUAGAUCUGCAGUCUUUGAAUUGCGAGAGGUCGUACCUGAAUUAAAUGAUGCUCAAUUGUGUAUGCUCGACGAAUCCCAUCAAAACCAACUGGGGGUCCUAAUUUGUCCAGAAUGCACCCCGUUUGGAUAUGAAGCCCAAGAAGAAAUAGAAUCGAUGGACUGUGAUGAAAGUGAUCAGCAAAGCCAACUCACAGUCAACAUGGACUGGAAUUAA